ACAAGACAUGGAGCCUAAUUGGGGUGAGGCAGGGUGAAGAGUGACAACAGGUCUUCCUUACUGUGACCUGCUGGGAUAGCUUGGUGUCAACGUGGUUCCAGUCCUCAGCCAUCUUGAGAAACCACCUGGUCUCUGGGAUGCAUUGUGUGAACGAGUAGAGACAGGACUGGGCUGCCUGACAGCACAGAUGAGUGUCCCUACUUAACUGUAGUGGGAGAGUGAGCCCCAGGGGAUUGUAAUCUCUGAAGUCCAGCAGGUUUCCUACUGCACAAUGACUGAUUGUAAAGAAAAGGCCUCUCUAGAAAUAGAAAGUCGACAUGAAAGAGUCUUAACUUGCUUAAAGUGCAGGAGACAGAAACCUUUAAGAGGCUUCUGUGACUCAAGGGUAGCCUUGUCCUUGAGGGAGCACAUAGGGAUUUGUGUACCUCUGUGUUGGAAAGAUGAGUGGCUGCUGCUGUUAUGAUUGUAGAAUUGAGAGGCUUUUCUGAGGGCAGAGAUUGGGCAUUCAGUUCAGGAGUAGGAUCAGGGAAGAGGAUAACGGGACCCUCUAGAAAGGAAUUGAAGAAGAGGGGGAUCUCUUUGGUUUUCCCUUCCUAGGGUAAUGUUACCAUUACCCAUAGGAUUAGCCAGAGGUUGGAGUUUGUGGAGAAGGAUAAGGGAGGCAGAAAGGAGAACCCAGUUUCUCCCUGACCCUGCAGUUGGGUGUCUCCAAGAAGUAGGCCCACCUUUCUCCCCUCUGGAGGUGAGAUGGAAGUGAUCCUACAGGACACAGGCAUCUGCCCUUCCACAGUUUUCCCAAGGGAACUUGGGGAAGAGUCAGCUAUUGGAGGAAAGAGAAUGGUGUGUCCAAAGCCCUGGCCUUAAAGAUGUUAAAAGUAGUUAUUCCCAAGUUGUCUGCCAUGACCCCUGGCUUAGGUGUUUAAGCGAGAAAGGAAGAAAGGUCAUGGAGUUUUUCUCGCCCCGUGAGAACAGGGUAGAAGAGGGUAGUUUUUGUAGCAAAAGGCCCAGAGAGACAGCUUCAUUCGCCUCUAUUACCAUCCUUUGACAUUCCCCUUUUCAGAGAAUGUAAAUCAUUUUAAGUUAGGCCAAAAUAAACAACCCAUAGGGUACAUAUGUUGUCACAAAAGGUGAUGAGAUGCAUGCCAAACCAAACAACCUGGAUUACCUGCUGCUUGGGUACAAGACUGAGACGAGAAACUGCAUCGAGGGCAUUUCCGUUCUCCCACCUCAACAGGACAUUGUCCACUCUCUUCUUACCUUUGUGCCUUGACUGUGGUUCUUUGUGGCAAGAUAAUUUGGUUGGUCAAAAUAUGGAACAAAGGAUCCACUGAUGUGAUCUGAGUUGUGUGGUGAUUUGGCAGUGGCCUUAUGUGAGACUCACUGGCUAUGAAAAAUACAUGUUCUUGGGUCUCACCCUCUGUCCUUAAUGGAGGUUUGGAUAGGUCUAGGAAUCUACAUUCCACCACACUCCUCAUCUGACUCGGUAGGCCCUCACAAAACACCACCCCCAGGGUAAAUUUCAGCUAAUCUCCUUACUCUGAGCCUGAAGCCUGGUUCUCCACCUGGAUAUCCUGGCAGGAGCCUGGUGACAGGAAGAGAUGUCCCCUGAAGUCCUCAACUUUGGAUUCAGCUCCAAUCCCUCUGCUUCUGACCUUGGGUGUGCUCAGCCAUUAAGAGGGAAUAGUUAGUAAUGGUUAGCAAGAGAGAGGCCAUAGUGUUGGCAGGUUUCUGUGCCAUAGAAACUGCCAUGUGGCCAGUACUGUAACAGCAAGCGUCUUCUUUAAUAAGUGGGAAAGUGGGAGAAAAUUGUUUCUCCUGAGGGCAAACUCUUUCCUCAGGGACGUUUUGUCCAGUUUCCGUAUCCCUCCCUCAUGACAAUGACCUUUCCCACUUUGAGCCUUACAGGUACCAGUUCUUUCUGGUUUUGAGCCAGGGUCCAGCCUGGUGGCCCGUUUUGACUUUGUAUGUAAUUCGCGGCAAGUGCUGGGAUAACAAAUAUAACGCGAAGCUACACAUUGCUUGUUUUGGUGUGUUACAUCAGUCCACGGAUGUUCCAGACAUCUGUCUUUGGCUUCAGGAGAGUAAGAGGGUCUAGCCUGAUGUGUAUACUGCACACAGUCCUCUCCGUACACGACAAGUCUAGACGUCCGUCCUGGAAGUAUUUCCCUGUUUUGAGAUUUUUACCUGCUCCACUAGCCCCGCGGGGCCCUACCUAAUAAAUACAUUAGGAAUACCAAACUGGGGCCUCCAUCAGGCAAGGAUGCACAGGGCGGGUGGUGCCUGACACUACAGUUCCCGGCAGGCCUUGCGCGGGUCUGGGGCGGGGCAUCCGCCGAGAGGGGCGGAUACUCAUGGCGGGCCCAGUGAAGGACCGGGAGGCCUUCCAGAGACUCAGCUUCUUGUACCAGGCUGCACAUUGCGUCCUGUCGCAGAACCCGGAGAACCAGGCCCUGGCGAGGUUUUACUGCCACACGGAGAAGACCAUCGCGAAGCGGCUGGUCCUGCGGCAGGACCCCUCGGUGAAGAGGACGCUCUGUCGCGGCUGCUCAUCUCUCCUCAUCCCCGGCCUCACCUGCACCCAGCGCCAGAGAC